UUAGUGAAGUAUGGAUUUAAGAAUUUUCUUCGUGACUGCUAUUUUUGGAACUGUUUUUGCUAAACAUGCAAACAAUAUUUACAUCCCGCUUGUUAAAGUUCAGACUGACAGCAGUGGGGAGUCUGAAAGUCAAUGUGUGACGAAAGAAUACAUUGACGAAGUGUAUGUUAACAUUUCAAAUCGUAUUGAGGAACAAGAUCGCAAAUGCCAUUUAGAAGGAAAAGAUUAUGUCACAAAAGAAGACAUAGCCGAUUUCAAUAGAAAAUUAAUUGCUAACAUUUCAGAAAUGUUGAUGGAACAGUCAAAAGCGAAACCAAAAGACUGCGAAGAUAUUCAAGACGACGGUGACGUAACUACUGGAAUUUACACCAUAUACCCGUAUCAGCGAGCAGGAGGAAUUUCAGUUAGAUGUGAUAUGGAUACCUCAGCUGGGGGAUGGACUGUCAUUCAAAGGAGAGUUUCUAACAGCAGCUUUUAUAGGACUUGGGAUGAGUAUGAAGCCGGCUUUGGUAAUCUCGGCGAGAACUUCUGGCUUGGAAAUCGCAAUAUACAUUUGAUCACGAAUCAAGGUAGAUACGAACUUCGUGUGGACCUUACUAGUACUGAUGGUGAAACGGCUUAUGCUCAGUAUCGUGAAUUUUCCGUCGGUAAUGACGAGUCUGGUUACAAGUUGUUUGUCAAGGGUUAUAGUGGUACUGCCGGUGACAGUCUUAAGGGACAAAAUGGAAUGAAAUUUACUACAUACGACAAAGACAACGACAUGCACAGCACUAACUGUGCGGUGUUGCAUCACGGUGCUUGGUGGUACAAUAGUUGUCAUACUUCAAAUCUAAAUGGCGAUUACGGCAACACCGCAUACGCCAAAGGUCCUGUCUGGAGUUCAUGGAAAGGACAUUAUUCUCCUAUGAAGACCACGGAAAUGAAGGUUCGCCGAAUAGGAUAAUUAGUAUGACUGACAGAAGUUCAUUACUACCUUAUACUUAUUUUUAUUUGUAUAAGAUAAUAUAUCAAAACUAUAAAUAAUAUGUUUUGUUAUAUACUCGUUUUUAUUCUCAGUUAAGUUGCAACAGAACUGGAAACUUCAAUAUUUUUGCAUAUUGACGUCUGAAUUUCAUAUCAGGUGCGUGAUAUCAUUUUAAUGU